AUCAGUUGUUUCAGCACACCUUGCGACAGAGCGACUGAAUAUGCGCACACAGCUAGCCAUUGCCUUCGAAAAGACUGUGUUCAAACCCAUAAAACUGGCCAGGAAGUACCUAGGAGAGACUCCUUGUAUGCACUAUCACGUCGGUCGGUAUCUUGAUGUCCUGGAGAGCGCUGACCUCUGGCCGCCUUUGGAUUGCGUUUCCAAGUUGUCGCUUUCGGAGAUGGAGCAAAAGAUCGUUGAUCUACCUUCAGUCUCAAACCCUGCGUGCUUGAUCCUAAACUGUAGUUGCAAAGAAGGCAACGAGUUAGCGUGUCCACCCCGCGAUGAAGGACUACGAAGGGCUCUUCUGCAAGCUUUGGAAAUAGCUAGAAAGCAAUUCAAAGGUCUCUGCCUCGACUGUUGGAAGGAGGGAAGACAGUUCUAAGACAACAACAGUUGCCGCGUUAAACAUUGAGCACAGCUCACGCUUCGGACUCGCUGGAUACGGAAACUACCACGAAGGCUUUUAGCGAUACCGACCCAUUUCUCCGAAGGCUCCAAUCCUUUAACUAGAAUUUAGCGCAUUCAAUCGAUUGGAAG